AUGACGACCAUUCGCCGGUUCUGCUGCGACGAUCUGCUCCGCUUCGCCUCGGUCAACCUCGACCACCUCACCGAGACCUUCAACAUGUCCUUCUACAUGACGUACCUGGCUCGCUGGCCCGACUACUUCCACACCGCCGUCAACCCCGGCGACCGCGUCAUGGGAUACACAGUUAUGGGGAAGGUUGAAGGACAAGGUGAAUCUUGGCAUGGACAUGUUACGGCAGUGUCCGUUGCCUCAGAAUUUCGCAGACAGAAAUUAGCCAAGACGCUUAUGCACUUGCUGGAGGAAAUCAGUGAUAAGAUGGAUAAGGCCUAUUUUGUGGAUCUCUUUGUAAGGGCGUCCAACAUGCCGGCAAUAAGGAUGUAUGAAAAGCUGGGCUAUGUGGUUUAUCGAAGGGUGCUUCGGUACUACUCAGGGGAAGAAGAUGGCCUUGAUAUGAGGAAGGCAUUAUCACAAGAUGUUGACAAGAAGUCCAUCAUACCACUCAAGAGACCAAUUACACCGGACGAACUUGAAUACGACUGA